AUGACAGCGACAGCGCUGACCUGCGGCUCCUCACCAGCAUCCGUUGAUCUGGACGAAUGCAUAUCUCGUCUAUAUAAGAAGGAGCUCCUGGCCGAGUCCGUUAUAGAGGCAAUAUGCGCGAAAACCAAAGAGCUUCUGAUGCGAGAAAGCAAUGUGAUUCAUGUCCAAGCGCCUAUUACCGUCGUCGGUGAUAUUCACGGCCAGUUCUAUGACCUUAUAGAAAUCUUCAGGAUCGGUGGCCGCUGCCCCGACACCAACUAUCUAUUUCUCGGCGACUACGUUGACCGUGGAAUGUUUAGCGUCGAGACGAUCUCUCUCCUUGUGUGCCUAAAACUUCGAUACCCGAGUCGCGUGCAUCUAAUCCGAGGAAAUCACGAGUCCCGUGGAGUUACCCAAUCGUAUGGAUUUUACACGGAAUGCUCGCGAAAGUACGGAAAUGCCAAUGUAUGGCACUACUUCACAGACAUGUUUGACUUCUUGACGCUGAGCGUUGUCAUCAAUGACCAAAUCUUCUGCGUGCAUGGGGGCUACACGUUUGGGGCACAAGUUGUGAAGAAAUUCCUCGCCGUCAAUAAUAUGUCACACAUUCUUCGGGCACAUCAGCUCUGCCAAGAGGGAUAUCAAGUACUCUACGAUGAUCAGCUUAGUACCGUGUGGAGUGCGCCCAACUACUGCUACCGGUGCGGCAACAUGGCGAGUGUGUUGGAGGUCAGCGACACCGGAGAACGCUUCUUCAAUGUUUUCGCAGCUGCGCCUGAGAACGACCUGCACAAAGACCUUUAUCUUGGCGGCGACAAAUCCGCUGAUGGAAACGCACUCCCUGACUACUUCCUCUGA